AAAGAAAAAAUCUCAUUUUACCAACUGCACCCAAGAUUCCCAGCGGAGUUUGAGGAUUCAUAAAAUUAGGUUUUCACACUUGGUGUGGUUCUUUGGAUUUUUUUUUUUUCUUAAAAUGGUAGCAUUAGGAAACAGCUGUCGCGGGAUGAAGUCUCCACCUCUCCUCAUGGCUGCACUUGUGGCAUGCAUCAUUGUUUUGGGUUUCAAUUAUUGGAUUGCAAGUUCUCGCAGCAUGGAUCUACAGGGUCGAGUCCUGGAUCUGGAARGCAAAGUCCGCAGGGCUGCAGCAGAGAGGGGUGCUGUGGAACAAAAAAAGAAUGAAUUCCAAGGGGAGCUAGAGAAACAACGACAGCAGAUCGACAAAAUCCAGUCCUUGCACAGCUUUCAGAUGGAAAAUGCCAACAGAGUACAUCAGGAAGAGAAGGCAAUGCUGAUGAGUAACAUUACAGUAAAUGAUCGAUUGAUUCAAAGUCUACGAGAACACUUGAAAGAGUURCAGACAGAAUAUGGAAAGCUACAGUUGGAUGUUUACUGGUUUCAGAAGAACCAGACUAACCUUCAGAAGAAGUUCUCAUAUGACCUGUCCCAGUGCAUCAACCAGAUGAAAGAAAUAAAAGAACAAUGUGAAGAAAGGAURGAUGAGCUUACAAAAAGGAGUACUGGUGUACCACAAAUUAAAGAAAACAAAGACCUCAUAGAAGAAUCAGAAAAAUACAACCAGGUUGACACUCAACUGCCAGCCUUGAAGCAAACUGACUUGGAACAGCAGAAAACCAGUGAAGAUGUACCUAAAGCAGUACCUACAGUGAUAAAGACAGACGUGACGCAGGCUAAAGAAAGAACAGACAGCCUAACUGACAUCAGAAAACAGGAGCCUGAGGCAGAAGAGGAGCAGCUUUCUAGUCAGUUGAUAAAACCACAAGAAUCACUCAAGACUGCUGGAGGUCAGAAGGAGAUGCUGCUAGAGUCAGAGAAGGAGCCAAAUCCACUUAAGGAUGCGAAAGAUGUAGCUGGGCAAGCUACAGUACAGCUGACAGCAGAGCAGGCUGCCAGUGACGAAGUUGAGAGGGAACAGCUCCUAAAUUACGAUGCUAAGCAGGAUGACUUGCUGCCUGACAAAGAGGAACAUGAAGCAGUGAACCAGGACAAGGAUGUUGAUUACAACUUAGAAGUGAAUGAAGCUGAAUCAGAAACAGACAAGCAAGCAGCACUUGCRGAGAUUGAAAAUGUUCAAAGCCCUGAAGAUAUGAAGAACCACUUAUCUGACCAUGGRGAAGGAAGACAGAAGUUGUGAACAAAGAAGUUCAUGAUACAACUUAAUCACCUCUUCAUCUAGAUGCAGCAAUGAUCAGAGUAAAGUGAUGUUAGAAGGUUUUGAUUAUCUUCUAAAUGCUUGACUAAGGGCCCAAAGGAAGUAAUAUUUUGUUGUGAARUUUUAGUCCUGUUGCGGUGGAGAAAAAAGGUAAAUCUCUGGAGGCUUGUUUCAAAGCAGCUUGGCCUCUGCAAUGACUUUCUCCUUCCUAUCAAUUACAAAAUUGAAAUCAGGUAGCAAUAAGGGUAGUAACUUUGAAGUUGGCUACCUCGUAUAGUCAUACUACAGGAAGAGGAUGUGUGGAUUGGUGGUAGAUGAGGAGCAGUCCUCUGCCAAGGAUGGAUCUCUCCCCUGCAAUGCACAGUGGAGAAAUCCCCAGCUUAGUCUUGAAAAUUGAAGAUGGAGCUAUGUUGAUGUAACAAAACAUGGGAAGGAUGAACACCAGUUCAUGCUGCAAUCUACCCUUGUGUCUGUCCUGGCACCUUUUUACUGUAACAGAGAGACUGAGAAAGCACAACUGUAGUCCUCAAAUACUAUGCAGAUUGAUACAUUUACCUGGGCCUUCAAAAUUAAAUUCCUAGAUUACACUAUCAUGAUGUGUUCUUAGCUUCAAAAUUAAAGAACCCAAAAAUGAUUCUGAUAAUAGCAUCUUCUUAUAAAGAGAUUUGCCAGAAAUCUUUUUCUGAAAGCCUUGCUGAACUCUACAAGGUCAGUACUACAAUUUGGUUUGGUUACCACUAAUUUGCACAAGUUUAGUGUAAAAAUUCAAACUCAUAAACUUUUCAUAACAGAAAUGCUUUGAAAUGGUGUGCUACAACUACCCUACUCCACCCAGCCACUAUCUUCUGCGAAAACAGAGGAAUGCAAAUGCUUCUAGGAGAAGCCUUGUAAAGCAGCAGUCUGAGCUGUUGAAUGGGACUAACCUCUGCUGGACUUCUGAAGAGGUAACCAGAUUAUGCAUUUAGAACACAUGGCAGGCUCCCACAGGUGAAGCUGUUGUUGUUGUGAAGUCUAUGUUAAUCAUCAUGUAUCAUCUUGUAAUGUUCUGCAGUCUUUUUCCUUUCUGCAACUUGUUCAAUGUAAACUAGAAACUAGUUUACUUGAAGUAAACUAUAAAUACCCUAUACUUAUUACUAAGGCAUCUUUAACUGCAGUCCAACCAGCAUGUGCAGCCAGCUGGUUUUAAGAAAUUUUUCUUUUUGYGUCUGCUCCCAAGACUGACACCUGUGUUUGGAGCAAUCUUGGUGAGUAGGAACCAACCUCUAUUGGGACAGCACAACAGCAGAUAGCAGUGACAAACCUGCCAACCAGCAAUUCCAUUUAAGAAAAUACAAAUUUGUCUUUGCUUUCCCUUAAAACACUUAACUUUGUAGCUUCUUUCGUAGUGUGCUGUUCCUCAGUUCCUCACUAGCUUACAGCUGCUGUACCUGAAGAUAUCUAAAUAUGUAAGUGGAAGGUUGGCUUUUUUGUGUAUGAAAAGAGUAUUAGUUGUUGUCAAGUGAAGAUCAGAGUUUAAGUCAAGUAAUGCCUUUCAAGCCUAAGAACAGAAACAGAUCACUGCUUUUCACCAUUUAAGUAAGAUUUAACUGGUCUGAGCUACUCCACAGCAGGGAAAACAAAUGCUUGUUAGCAGGAGAGAAGAGGAAUGAGCAUCUGUUCUGAUAAAUACUGGGAAACUUAUUGUUUUUUUUCUUUUCCCAAAAAAUUACAUUUUAAAAACAAAGUGUUUAAUCUGGAUAAAAAUAUCUACUCAUCUCUGAGCAUUUUCCCAGGACUGUAUCUGCAAAUAAUUAUAAAGCUGAGAUUUAAGUUGAUCGGGAAUUUAAYACUGAUUGUUAAAAUGCAUAUAAUCUAACAGUAUAAAAUAGUGAAACACUAUAUUCAAGUUGAAUUAAUAGCUUUACCAGUAUCAAGUUAGAAAAUCCAAAGAAUCAGACCAUUUAGGGUAAUUAAUACAUUGCCAGAGAAUUAUUUUAUAACUAAUUACUUUGGCUGUGUUUCUGUAUACCUUUGGGCUUCGCUUAGCCAACUGCAUGUUGUCCUCCACAAAUACAAUCAACUCUGUACAAAGCAUACAUGUAAAUCUCUAUGGGUAAAGGGUCUGAAAACCUUCAUAUGAGUAAUGUUCAAAAGCAUGAAGGCUACAGUUUUAUUUGCAAUCUAACUUGGGUGGUAGAUUUCUAGCAGGCAAGAGGCCUAUAUGUCUACUGUAUAGAAUUUUAGAAUUAAAGGACCUUUAGUUUAACAAGAGAUUAAUUUGGAAUUGUGGUGUACAUAGUGUUGUCUCUCACUAGUUUUCAGUUGUGAGAAACAUUGUAACUUUGCUCUAAUCAUCUCGGUGUUAUAUUAGAACUUUGGGAUUUUGUCUUUUUUUWAAAAACUAAGCCUGAUCCAUUUUAGGUAAGCAUUUAAAAAUAAUCUGCUGUCAUGUAUUCUCAUUAUUUGAAUGCAUUUUAUCCACUUCUAAUUUCAAUGAAAUGGGGAAAUACUAUUAUUGCUGUUUUCUUUUUCCAUAAAUCACAUGGAACUUGCUUUGUCUUUUACUUACUGCUUGCUUUAGAGAAAUAACAAAGGCUGUCCUUGAGUUAUUGUCAUGCAGUUCAAGAUUUUUAAGAUAGGAAUGAUUUUUGUAACUAUUUAUAAGAAG